AUGCCUUCCAAGAUCGCCCUCUCCAUCUCGGUCUUGACCGCCGCCCUCGGCAUGGUCAACGCCGCUCCUCACUACGGUGCCGAGUACUCGUACUACAACGGCGGCCACAACGUCGAGUCGACCAACGAGAACAAGCUGGUCGACGCCUCCGAUCUCGGCCUCAACAUCGACAUCCUCAAGCGCACCGACUACUCGGCCUGCAAGAAGUACAUCUCUUCGUACAACGGCGGUCACAACGUCUACUCGGUCAACGAGAACAAGCUCAUCGACCUCAGCGACGCCACCGUCAACCUCAGCCUGCUCAGCUCCAACGGCCGCAAGCAGAAGACGUGGAAGAACGCCCCCGCCUACUGCCUCGAGUACAUCAAGAGCUACAACGGCGGCCACAACGUCAUCGUCAAGAACGAGAACAAGCUCGUCGACCUUUCCGGUCUGCUCGCCAACAUUGGCAUCCUGAGCAAGCGCAACGCCCCCGAGUUCUCCUACUACGACGCUGGCCACAACGUCGUCUCGGACAACGAGAACAAGCUCAUCGACGCUUCGGACCUCCUCGCCGACGUUGACAUCCUC